UCUGCAAACGCUUCUUUGCUCGCUACCGUAAACCGUAGACGUCGUCGUUGUCUGCUCUGCUCUUCACUUUCUCUUCUCGGCUCGGCACCGUUGGGAGUUUGCAAAGUUGCUGCAACCAAAAUGUCCGAAUGACAGAAAACUGCAAACCGCAUUCCUUCCUCCACAAACCGUUCUGAUAUCUCUUUCUGAUUUCUUUCUCUUCUUUCCUCUGUAUUGCUCUUAUCAUACCUGCUCGUAAACCAAAUUAUGACAGUCCGGGAAUCAUGCGGCCGUUAGCUAUGUCUCCCCCCGCGCUGUUCGCGCUACUGCUGCUCCUGCUGCCGCACUCUGUUCGCGCUGACCUCUCGCGCCUGCUGCAGACCCAGCUUUUGUCAGAUUCGGAUACAGUCGACGCCGUCACCGGCAAUUCAUCCUAUGACACACACUCAUGGACAUUGUCCACCUCGCGGUUUGCCGAAAACCGCUACCAGAUCCAGCCCUAUGUCUCGAAUGGCUACAUCGGCAUCCGGCUUCCUGUCGAGGGAACCGGCUUCAUCGCCGACUCGGCCGCCUCAAAGUCAGACUCUGAUGACGACGGAAGCGAGACGAACGGGUGGCCGCUUUUCCAGCCCCGGUUUACUGGAGCUUACGUCGCGGGGUUCUACGAUUUACAGGAAAAUACGACGGCGACAAACUACCCGGAACUGCUCGCGCGCGGAGGCGAGUCUGUGAUCUCGACAGUGCCGGUCUGGUCCUCGCUUUUUGUCUCUGCGCACGGUGAUCUCUAUUCGCCAGGAUCAGUCGACUCGUCGCGGGUGAAAAAUUAUACACAGUCGAUGAGUCUGAAAGAUGGUGUCGUAACCACGCGGCUUAAAUGGCUUCCGCGGGCAAACGAGUCGCUCGCUAUAUGGCUCGAGUACGAGGUUAUCGCACACCGAGAGAUUCCGACGCUGGGAAUGGUGCAAUUGAAGAUGAGCUCUGUUGUCGCGACCGAUGUGGUCGUGGUCGAUGCGCUCGAUGCCUCUGGAUCGUUCCGCACCAUCCAUCUCGAGUCGAAUUUCUCGUCUGUCGACGGGACCGGCAUGUGGACCGGCGUGAGACCGUAUGGACUUAAAUCUGUUUCGGCAUACGAGUACUCGCAUCUCGAAUUCAGCGACGAGAACCGUGUGAAUUUUUCAACGCGCGCGACGAGUAAUGGGUAUCAUUCGAUCAAAGACUACCCGGGCACCGUAUCGCAGCAAUUCCGCAUCAGCCUUGAUCCAGGCGAGACGUUCACCGUGCACAAGUAUGUUGGAAUUGCCUCGUCAGACGCAUAUCGCAGUCCCAAGCGCGCGGCAGCUUAUACGGCACGUGUGGCGGCUACGAUCGGAUGGCGACUGGCAAAGGCGGAUCAUAGUCUGGGAUGGAAACGGCUGUGGGACGACAGCGAUAUAGUGCUCCACGACGAGGACCAGGAAGAGUUGCAGAUUGGUGUGCGUGCUUCGCUUUUUCAUUUGUUGAGCGCGGUCAGAGACGGGAGUGAACCUGGCGGGCGGGGGGAUAAUUCGGUUACUGUUUCGGGGUUGUCUUCUGAUUCGUAUGGCGGCAUGGUUUUCUGGGAUGCCGAUACGUGGAUGUUCCCGUCUUUGAGUGUUCUGCACCCUUCCCACGCCAGCUCGAUUACAAAUUACCGCCAAAAAAUUCACAACAUGUCGGUCGUCAACGCAGAGUCUUACUCUCUCCCGGGCGCACUAUACUCAUGGACCUCGGGUCGUUUCGGCAACUGCACCGCCACUGGACCCUGCGUUGACUAUGAAUAUCACAUCAAUGUCGACGUAGCCCAGGCGCAGUGGACGCAGUUCCUACUCAGCAACAGCACGGACUGGCUGAGAAGUAAAGGGUGGCCGAUCAUCCGCGACGCUGCAGAUAUGUUUGCGGGGCUCGUGGUGGCUAAUGGGAACAGCAGUGCGUACUACUUAAACAACAUCACUGAUCCGGACGAGUACGCAAACCAGGUCGACAACGGUGCGUUCACGAACGCGGGAAUAGCAAAGCUCAUGAACUGGGCUCGGCGCGCGGCGUCGGUCCUUGGCGAGGACGCGAACGAAAAGUGGGCGGACGUCGAGGAGAAGAUAUACAUCCCUGUCGAUCGGAGCGCGGACAUCGUGCUCGAGUUUUCGGGCAUGAACGGGUCGGCGGAGGUUAAGCAGGCUGACGUGGUUAUGCUGGAUUAUCCGCUGGAGUAUAGUAGUACUUUUCAGCAGAGCUUGAAUAAUCUUGAUUUUUACGCCAUGGCGCAAAGUCCGGACGGCCCAGCGAUGACGUGGGCUAUUUUUGCUAUCAACGCAGCCGAGCUAUCGCCCUCCGGCUGCGCAUCCUACACCUACCUUCUAUCGAGCUCGCAGCCAUACCUGCGCGCACCGUAUUACCAGUUCUCCGAGCAGCAAGCAGACGACAUCAGAGAGAACGGGGGCACGCAUCCGGCGUUUCCGUUCUUGACCGGGCAUGGCGGGUUCUUGCAGGUGUUUACGCAUGGGUUUACAGGGUUUAGAGCGCGCGAGGAGGCUUUUCAUCUCGAUCCGAGCUUGCCGCCGCAAUUGGGUGAGGGCGGAUAUACAGUCUCGGGGAUGAAGUGGAGGGGCAAUGUUUUUGACGUCACGGUCGCGCUGAACGAGACGACUGUUGUAUUACGGAAUAGCAGCGAGAGCAGCACAGCCGCGAUAGAGAUCGGGUCCGGGGAGAUGAAGGGCCGCUACGAGAUCUCGGCAGGCGAGUCGCUAACGGUGCCAACGCGGCGGGCAGAUCAGAACGGCACACUUGUGGCUGGGAACCUUGCGCAGUGCCAGCCCGUGCAGGCGAAUAGUACGUGGGUGAAGGGCCAUUUCCCGGUGUCGGCGGUCGACGGUUCGAUUUCGACGUCGUGGCGGCCGGCGACGCGCAAGCCGAGCGCGCUGGUGAUUGACUUGGGAGAGGAUAGGCAGGCGACGAACGUGAGCGCGGUGGAGUUUAAUUGGGGACGCGUGCCGCCUGCGAAAGUGAGCGUGCGCACGUAUGGUGCUGGGGACUGGCAGGGUACGAUAGACGAGGACGACGGUAGUGCGUACCAGGUGUUCAACGUGACGGUGUCGGCGCCGUACAGCGAGGCCGAGGCGCAGAGGGUUGGGUUGCGGGUGGGCAACACGACGCGGGCAGAGCUGGAGGAAGCGCGGCCUGCGCGGUGGGUGGUUGUCGUGGUGGAGGGCAGUCUCGAGGCCGAGGACUUGUCUGGCUCGGGGCCCGGGGCGACAGUUGCUGAGGUAGCAAUUACGUAAACUGACGGCCGCAGCCACUCAGGCACGGCUUAGGUACCGGCUUGCGAGCGUACCGGGUACUGGCUGAGGCAGCGCCACGAGCCCCCGUCUUUUGCGUUGUCAGCAGGAAGCUUCCUGGGUUUUAAUAAUAAAUCGCUUCUGUCCACUUGGCCGCGCCG